AUGGAGGAACAUCCCAAGCACUGGAAAGCCACUCUGCUUGGAGAGGAGUUCUGGAAAGACGCGCACGCGUGGAACCAGCCUAUUCACGAAAGCAUUGAUAGCAACAUCGACAAUCCCCAGGAAACGCCUCUGCACCAGAGAUUCCCCUUUAACUUGCUUGAGGCCGGCCCUGUCCCACCGAGCAGCAACAGCAGCAGUGGCAACGAGCCCAUCUUAGCCGGACAGAGAAGUCGUCGUCGCCGUCGCUUCAGCGUUGACGCAUCCAGCCUCACCCCGAUCGCCCCUGCCCGCGUGCUCGAGCUGUCCCGACGCACCCGCUCUCAAUCCCGCUCUCGCUCUCGCUCUCACACUCGCUCGGACUCCAUGGCUCGCUCUCCCAGCAUCACUUCGUUGAGCAGCCAGUCCAACUCCCGCCUCCGUUGCAUGCUCAACAGACUCACCAGCUGGUGGAAAGACCGGCCUGCUCCUCUGCCGCUGAUCUUCGAGGAUCAGGCUACUCCCGAAAGCCCACUCAUGGACUUCCGUGGCGGCGCCACCUGGGACCGUCUCUCGAGCGACCGCCGCGUGCUGGGCAUCGAUGUCUUCUGGCCUGUUGACUUUGACGAUGAAGACGCAGAGGGCCAGAAGCCGGAGCUCGCUAUGCUUGAAGUCAAUCAGCUGGCCCCCCUUUGCAUCUUCCAUCACCUCCACUCUCUCAAGAUCACCGGCAUGAUGCAGUCUUAUCAGAAGUAUAUCUGGCAGGCGGCUUGGAUUAACACUGAACUUGAGGAGCUGGAACUCGGCAUGGUCUUCCCCCCUCGCAUCAUCAAGAGUAACACCGGUAACUGGCCCUACAUCAAGGGAGGUUGGAAGCUCAGUGAGAUCCAGGAAGCCGAGCCCAUUUACCACGGCGACGGCACCGGCACCCUGGACCCCAACCUCGGCCAAGGCGAAUACCUCGACAAAAUGAUGAUCGAGAAAUCCAAAAUCCUAGCCAUGUCAACUAACAGCACGCGCCACAGACUCUCGAUCAAGGUUCUCACUCUCACUGGCUUCGUCGUCGACGCCGACCCCUUCCUGCACUGGUUCGACCCCUUCCGGUUCAAGACCAUCCACUUCAAGGACUACUGCGUCGACGCCGGCUUCUACCUCCCGGAGGAGAUGAGUGGCGUCUCGGUGGAUUUUUCUCCCGAGGUCCAGGAGAGAGCAACUACCGGUAGACGCGUGGAUUUGGUGGAGGAGAUGAAGAUUCUGGAUUUGAAGGACGGGAAGGUUGUGAGAAGACGCGAUUUUGGGCAGGGGCAGCAGUCUCAGACUCAGACUCAUUCGAAGUCAACUCACCCGAAGUCUGCUUCAUGGGGUUGUCAGGUCGAGUGAGAUGGAUGAUGAUACCUCGUGGUUUGCCGUUUGGUGGUUG